CUCGUUGACAGCACCGCCGUUGCUCGGCUUUGCCUAGUAACCAACUUGAAGUUCGCGGUGUGGUGACGCGUUUCUGUUAUUCGCUUAAAAAAAGGUGGACUGAUUGAGAAAUGGAGCGGUGACCGUCUAAAUGGCCCCUGAGCCACUACACCUGCAAAGCUGUGUCACAGAAGUAGUCACAGUUCUUUUGAAUUGGGCCACUCCAUAGAGAGGAGAGAGCAGGACCAGAUUUCUUUUUAACACAUGAUGUACAAGGACUACCGGUCUGGCCGAGCUGCAGGACUGAAUCCGCUGCCCUUUGACCCCUCCACUAACAACGAACCACUGCAGUUCAACAGCUCCAAUGGUCCUCUGGUGUCCGAGUGUCCUCUGGAGAACGGCACAGAGAACAACAACAAGAAGAGGAAGAGGCCUAAUCUUCCUCCAGAGGGUCUGCGUAAUAUUGCCAUGGACUCAAAUUCCUUGGGAUUGCCGAUAUCAGACCCAAACGCCUGGGCUACUGCCAUGAACAACCUAGGAAUGGCACCACUGGGCAUAACUGGCCAGCCUCUCAUGUCAGAUUUUGACCCCAGUCUUGGUCUGAUGACGGGCAUUGCUCCAAUGAAUCCCAUGUUGCCCGGCCUGGGCAUUGUACCCCCACCCAUCUCCCAGGAUUUGCCCAUCGUGAAGGAGAUCAUUCACUGCAAGAGCUGCACCCUGUUUCCCCCCAACCCUAACCUGCCUCCUCCAGCCACACGGGAGAGACCCCCUGGCUGUAAGACGGUGUUUGUGGGGGGUUUGCCUGAGAAUGCCACUGAGCAACUCAUCAUGGAGGUGUUCGAGCAGUGUGGCGGUAUCAGCGCCAUCCGCAUGAGCAAGAAGAACUUCUGCCACAUCCGCUUUGCUGAGGAACACACUGUCGACAAGGCCCUUUUCCUGUCCGGGUACAGAAUCAGACUCGGAUCCAGCACAGAUAAGAAGGAUACGGGGCGGCUGCAUGUGGACUACGCCCAGGCCAGAGAUGACCUGUAUGAGUGGGAGUGCAGACAGAGAAUGCUGGCUCGUGAGGAGAGGCACCGGCGAAGGAUUGAGGAGGACCGCCUUCGUCCCCCAUCACCACCCCCAAUAGUUCACUACUCGGAGCACGAAUGCAGCCAGCUCGGAGAAAAGAUCAAAGACGACUCAAAGUUUCCCGAGGCGGUCCGUGUCCUGCUGACCUGGGUGGAGCGAGGGGAGGUGAACCGCCGAAACGCCAACAACUUCUACUCCAUGAUCCAGUCCUCUAACAGCCACAUCCGCAGGCUGAUGAACGAGAAGGCGGCUCAUGAGAAGGAGAUGGAGGAGGCCAAGGAGAAGUUCAAGAACGCCCUGUCUGGGAUCCUAGUGCAAUUUGAGCAGAUUGUGUCUGUAUUCCACGCUGCUUCCAAACAAAAGGCAUGGGACCAUUUCUCCAAAGCCCAACGCAAGAACCUGGACAUGUGGCGCAAGCAAGCAGAGGAGAUCAGAAACAUCCAUAAUGAGGAGCUGAUGGGCAUCCGCAGGGAGGAAGAGAUGGAGAUGUCUGAUGAUGACAUGGAAGACGUACUGGAGAGCAAAGACUCAGACGACUCAGGUAUGAAAGGUGGCCCCUGUUGGUCCACUCCUCAGUGCGGCUUCAAAUACAUAUGGAACUAUCACAGAUUCCCAGAUGUGACAGGGCCGAUGGCUCAGGUAGAGGCCCUGAGGGAGGAGAAUGAUAGUCUGAGGUGUCAACUGGAUGCAUACAGGAAUGAGGUGGAGCUGCUGAAGCAGGAGCAGAGUAAGACCCAGCCACAACGCUCUGAGGAGGACAACACACGGCAACAACAACUCAGCUUCCUGCAACAGGCCCUACAGGGCAUGCAAAAGCAACUACUGAAGAUCCGUGAGGAGCUUAAACAGAAAGAUAUGGAGCUGGAAAAGAGCACAGAUGACAAACAGCAGCUGGAGAGUCAAAUCCAGAGCCUUAAGGAAAGAAUACAGGCCUUUCCUGCAUCACACACUCUUCCUAUGGAGAGGCCAGAGCGGGAUGACAGAGGCAGUGAUGAAAGUGCAAAUCACACCAACGAUGUAGCAGCAGUGUCGGCGGUGGUUUCAUGUAGUCAAGAGAAGGAGAGCCUGCCGGAGAAGGGUCCUCCCAGCCCCGUCAAGUCAGAGAGAGAGGCCCUGCUUGUGGGAAUAAUCUCAACGUUUCUCCAUGUGCAUCCGUUCGGAGCCAGCAUCGAAUACAUCUGUUCCUACUUACAACGCCUGGACACCAAGAUCAGCACAACUGAAGUGGAGACGCUGCUGGGUCGGCUCCCCUGCACCUUCAGGCAGGAGCUGACGGGCGUCGGUGCCAGUCUGGAGAAGCGCUGGAAGUUCUGCGGCUUUGAGGGCAUCAAAACAGCGUAGAGACAGGCUUUUGGGCUUCGAACCCACGUACUGACACAACCUGAGCACUUGGAAGGACAAAAAAAGAAAAUAUUCCCACAGACAGGAGAGAUCCAAGCCAGACGCCUGCCAGCAUUCUUUAGCAGCUCACUAAGCCCUGGAGACGUUCAUUCAACUGCAGACAGGGCCCGGCCUCUGGAGUGUGGAUGCGUUACAGUGUAUACACACGAGCACAUGUUCAUGUGAGUGAGUGUGUCUGUGCGUGCGCCUGUAAGUGCCGUGUGGCUGGACUGGUCAAAGUCACCUAUACAAUGCAGCUGUGACUCGCCGUCGCAUUGGGAUUCUACUCAUAGGACAGAACCAGGCUGAGAACUGGGGACAAAUCAGUCAACAUUGUUUUACUUUUUCUCUCAUUGUAUUCCUGAUUUUUUCAAGAAAAAGAGAAAUAAAGAUGAAUAUAUUUCUUCUUUUCUUUCUGUAUAGGUUGAUAUCAGCUGCAUAUAACAUUUUUUGUUGAUAUACUCUGUAAAUGUUUGAAUAACUUAC